AAAAAAAAAGUUGAACAGGUUUAAAGAUAUGAAGUGAAGAGGAGAGGCCAGUAGUGAGCGGACAGGCAACACGGCGAGAUGGAAGGGUCCCUCGUCCUCUCCUUGUGCUCCCUGGCGCUGGUGUUCACCGCCGCUACAGAUGCGAGUCGCAUUGUGUUUCCUGUUAGUGUGACUCUGCAGGAAGGGGACACCUGCACCUUGCACUCAGGUGCGUCAGGCAGGUGUGCUGACAUACGUGACUGUGACUACACUGACGUGGACUUUCGCCGCAACCCGCCCGUCAGGUGCGGCUUCAAGGGCAUAUAUCCUGUCGUCUGCUGUUCCAGUGCCUCGGGCGAAGGUCCCCAGCCGAUCACAGACAUAGCUCCGCCUAAUGUUACAUUCGGUUGUACAAAAAGAAGAAAUAAUUACGAUCCGAUAAUAGGACGCCAAAUGAUAAAAAAACAUGGAUUUCCGCAAUUGCUAAGGCAUAGUGUCGGGUUUAAGGAAGCAAAACCGCACGCAUGGCCUUGGAUGGCGCUUGUUGGGAAACGAGAAGGCAACAAUAAUGAAUGGUUCUGUGGAGGAGUGUUGAUCAACGAGCAGUGGGUCCUGACUGCAUUUCACUGCUUACUCAAGAGUCCAGACGUGGUGCGUCUUGGUGAACACGACUACCAACACAGAAACGACGGGCCACCUCACGAAGACUUUGACGUGGCAGAGAAGGUUACGUACCCUGGGUAUGCUCAUCCUCAGGAGUACCAUGACCUGGCCCUGCUUAGGCUGUCUUCGAGGGUGAACAUAAAGAAUUCAAUCACUCCCGUCUGUCUCCCGUGGGGAGUGGAGAGGGAGGUGGACAUCACGGGACAAACAGCGACGCUCACUGGUUAUGGCGAUACUGAAUAUGGUGGCCCACCAACCACCUUCCUGCAGCAAGUGAACGUGACGGUGUUCACGUCAGACAAGUGUGACACUAGCUACUCCAUCUUGCUCAAGUACAACACCAGUUGGCCCCAGGGCAUCGGAGAGGAGACCCUGUGUGCCGGAGAUCUUGAGGGAGGGAAGGACGCUUGCCAGGGUGAUUCCGGCGGACCCCUGGUGACUAAAGAUGUCGGAGGAAGCUUCGUGUUGGCGGGCAUCGUGGUGCAAGGUAACGGCUGUGGUAACAAAGACUUCCCAGGACUGUACGCCAAUAUGCGCUACCCGCCCUACCUCGUCUGGAUCAAGAAUGUUGCCUUCUAAGUUUUUUUUUUUAUUAUUUAAAUUGACAACCAAAGAAACUUUCAAGAAAUACGAAUAGAAAUUCCUAAGAAAAUAUUUGGAAGAAAUAUAAUUUUGCACUGUGUGAGGUAUCAUAACUGUCAUGAUCAGCCUCUAAGAUGACGCUGGAGAGGAAAGGCUUGUGGGUAUCUUUCAUUACUUCUAUCAUUUUACUGUAUGGUGCCGUGUGGAAAUGUUCAUCUCUGUGUUUUUUUUUUUCUUUUUAAUUUCAAUCUUGAAAUGUAUUGUUUAUCGUGUGUUUAAACUCAUUUGUAGGUUCGCUCUUCAGAAUCUAAAAAAAAAUAAAUAAAUAAAACAGCAUUCCAGCACACCGGAUAACCCUCAAAAUGUUGAUAUUUUGAAUAAAUUGAUGUCCAGUGACAAGAAGGAAUCACCAAGAGAAACACCACAUACACAGAGGAAAAAGGUUAGUAGGAACGACGAGACCAAAUAUUUUACAGAUAAAAGAAAUAGGGACGGAUUUGACACCAGCAUCAAGAGCAUAAAUUCACAUGCCGUGGAUGAUGAAAAUGGAAUUACGGAGGAUUUCAAUGCCAACUUUGUUAGUCUUUAUAUCAACACUUGAAGUAGCUAGUAAGAUAUCCAAAGAAAAAAAAAGGAAAGCUCUGUAAAGCCACCAUAAAUGUCAUGAAGCAGUAUAGUAUAAUAAAUCUCUAAAGAAGGAAAUUUGAACUUGGUUAAGAGAAAGAACUACAUGUAAGAGAGGACUAUUGACUUUACCUCCACCCCCCCGAAAAAAAAGUGCAAAUAUAGAAAAUUGAAACAAGUGUGUCAUUUAUCAUAGACAGAAAACAUCUUUGAGAGAACCAUGAACAUUCAACUACUGAUGUUAUAUAAAGGUACAGGAAUUUAUCUUCUAUUUGACUUUGGUCUGUCCUGAAUGGCCGGGAAAAACGUAACAAUACUGAUUCACAAGGAUCCCCAUCAAAAAAGAUAACAUGAAAAAAAAAAUUAUUGAGCAAUAUAUUAAAUAUCUGCAGUAUACGAGCUUUUAUAAAAUUGAUGUAAAAUAUGAUAAGUGUAACGCUUGACUAAAAUGAAUUGAUAAAAACAU